CUGCUCGUCAUGUUCCAAAUUUUUAAUUGUCUAUGUUUGUUAGCUGUGGUUUCGAGUUUGCGUGAUUUUACAAAUAAUUACUUAGCAAAUUUAAAGAAAACUAAAUUAACCAUUUAAUUUACCAAAAUGUCGGCUAGAUACGAUAGAGCUAUUACUGUGUUUUCACCAGACGGUCAUUUAUUACAAGUAGAGUACGCUCAAGAAGCUGUACGCAAAGGAUCGACCGCGGUCGGCGUCAGAGGUAAAGAUGUUGUUGUAUUAGGAGUGGAAAAGAAAUCAGUUGCAAAGCUUCAAGAAGAAAGGACUGUGCGAAAAAUUUGCUUGUUGGACGAUCACGUUGUUAUGGCUUUUGCCGGCUUGACCGCAGACGCGCGUAUUCUUAUCAACCGCGCUCAAAUCGAGUGUCAAUCUCAUAAACUUACAGUAGAAGACCCUGUUACAUUAGAAUACAUCACAAGAUAUAUUGCAAGCCUCAAACAAAAGUACACCCAGAGUAAUGGAAGACGUCCCUUUGGCAUAUCUUGUCUCAUAGGGGGAUUUGAUUACGAUGGAAUUCCGCAUUUGUUCCAAACUGAACCAUCUGGCAUUUAUUAUGAAUGGACAGCUAAUGCCACUGGGCGGUCAGCAAAAACUGUACGUGAAUUUUUAGAAAAAAACUACACUGCUGAAGAGGUUGCUUCAGAAAAUGGUGCAGUAAAGCUUGCAAUUCGUGCACUACUGGAAGUGGUUCAGUCUGGCCAGAAAAACUUAGAAAUAGCAGUGAUGAAACGCAAUCAACCCAUGCAAAUGUUGGACUUGGACACAAUUAAUUCCUAUGUGUCAGUUAUUGAAAAGGAGAAAGAAGAAGAAGCUGAGAAGAAAAAACAGAAAAAAUGAGAUAUUUUUAUAUUAACCACUUUAUUAAUACAUGGCAAGAAGUAACUC